AACGUUUUUAGGGGUUUAGACCACAGGCGGCCGCUCAGCAUCCAAAAAACAUUCAGCCUCCAUUGCCUCUCUUUCAGUAAACUCAAACACAAAAAGGGAAGAAAAAGAUGAGCAGAUCGGGUCAGCCUCCAGAUCUUAAAAAGUAUAUGGACAAGCAGCUUCAAAUCAAGCUGAAUGCGAACCGUCAAGUUGUGGGGACUCUUCGUGGGUUCGAUCAGUUCAUGAAUUUGGUUAUUGACAACACUGUUGAGGUCAAUGGCAAUGAGAAGAAUGAGAUUGGCAUGGUGGUAAUUCGGGGUAAUAGCGUGGUGACAAUUGAAGCACUGGAGCCUGUUGCAAGACCACAGGCUUAACAUUGAAGCAUUUAGAGGAAUCUUUAUCUAUGUUGAAGAUAUUACUUCUGUAAUGGAACCUAAGCAACUUACGUAUUUUACCUGAAUUAACUAGCUUUUGAGAUGAAAGUUGACAUGACAGUGCAUGAAUUCCUUGCAACCUUAAGUUAUCUUAGAUUUCUCUGUUGA